CGCCGAGAUGUGUGUGUUUGUUUGUGGGCAGCUACAUUUGCUAUCAAUCAAUCAGAAUAUGCAUUAGCGUUUCAUCUUUAUCCCUGCCUCUGGCCCUCUUGUGAGAUAUAAUGCACAUUGAUAGCAAACGUCCUCGUCGUGUGGUUUGUAUCAUAGCAGCAGACAGCAGCAAUCUAAAUGAUAAUCUAUGAUCAGACCAAAAACAUGCGAGGUUUGUGUCGUGCAUGAGAAGAGCCAUUAGCCGUGGUAUUUUGGCCAUAUUCUACACCCCUUGGGGUUAAUUCGAUAAUUGGAUUUAGAAGAGAAAAAAAAGAGAGCUGGAAUACAUUUCCUCGUAUAAUGUUGUUCCUCUUUGAAUGCGAUUUAACUGCUAAGAAAAACAUUCAAAAUAAAAGUCCUCGUCAAACUUCCCGUUCCGUGGCUACUACUACUUCCGGGUCAGCUUCGCUCCACGCAAUGACAUUGUAACCAAAUAUUUACGAAAUCAAAUCAAACGGGGAGUGUGUCUGUGCACGUUUUUUGCUAUUCAUGCUAUGAAUUUGUACCAGACAUUUACGAAAUCUAUACGGGGAGUGUGUCUGUGCCAGUUGUUGCUAUACAUGCUCUGAAAGACAAAGUUGACCGACAUAGUUUUACAAUAUGACACCAAUGUCUACGGGAUUCACCGAUGAGCGACAGGGCGAAGCACAGAGUCCUGUAGGAAUGGAUUAUAUCCCCACAGAAGAUGAGAGGAGAGUCUUCAGAGAAUGCAACCAGGAGAGUUUCUGGUACAGAUUAGUCUGUUUCUCAGUGGUCAGCAUUUUCACAGGACAAGGAGUCAUCAUGUCAGGAGCUCUGACGUUGUCGUCCAGGUUUGGAUCUCUCCCUAAAGUGGCCUUUGCGGGGCUGUGUGGCUACCUGGCAGGGAAGAUGUCGUACAUGAAACAUUGUCAGGAGAAGUUCAAGAAGCUGGAGCAUUCCCCUCUGGGAGAAGCACUGAGACAGAGGACCAGACCCAACGCACAGUCGUCUCAGGGCCCCCAGUCAGAGAUGAGUGACCCCGACCAGGUGACCUUUGACCCCAUGUUCCAGGCCUCUGACCCCCAGAGCCAGGUCCCACCCAACGCCAGAGACUAUGGAUACAGUGACGCCCCCACCGCGGCACAGACCAGCCGCACCGCUGCAGACAUCGACUACAACAUGCCAGCCCAGUCGUUCCUGGAUGACGAGGAGCCUAGGAGGAAGCCAAUCAUGUACGAGGACCUAAGGAACAAGAACCGAGAAACCUAUGAAGUCACGCUUACCCAGAAGGCUGAGACGCUGCUCAAACCAGAGUCUGACCGGCCAGGGAGGACCGCCCCCAAGAAGGACGCAGGGAAGAAGAACGUCUACGGAGACAGCUUGGAGGAGUGAGUCUCUAUCUGUUUUCACUGACAGUGCUGAUUGGACUACAAUACCCACAAACCCCUUCUGGUUACUUUGCUAUUAUUUACGUCUCAAUUUAUGAAUGUAUGGGAUAAUCUCAAUUGCAUUUCCUUGAUUCCUUGCGUCCUCUCUCCUCAAAACCCAUUGGAUGAGGAGGUAGGCAGGUAGCCUAGGGGUAAAGAGCGUUGGGCCAGUAACCAAAAGGUUGCUGGUUCAAAUCCCCGAACCAACUAGGUGGGGGGGGAAAAAAUCAGUCGACGUGCCCUUGAGCAAGGCAAUUAACCACAAUAGCUCCUGUAAAUUGCUCUCGAUAAGUGUCUGCUAAAUGACUUUAAAUAUAUUUUUAAAAUUAGGCCCUCCUUGCUAGGAAUCAAGGAAAUGAGAUUCUCCCAUUUGUCUGAUUCUGUCUUUUGAAAACAUGUCAAUAAACCCAAUUGGUUUUGAAAUUGCA